AUGGACUUUCUCAAAGUUUCAGACAAGACGACAACAACUCCAUUUAGAAGUGGCUCCCUGUUUAGUUUGAAUCAGCAACAAUACAAAGAGUCAUCUUUUGGUUUCAGAGACAUGGAGAUUCAUCCUCAUUCUCAUUCUCAUGUCAUUACUCCUUAUGCAGGAAACGGAGUUUUGGGUUGUUAUUACUAUUACCCUUUCACAAACGCGCAAUUGAAGGAGCUAGAGAGACAAGCGAUGAUCUACAAGUACAUGAUCGCAUCGGUUCCUGUUCCUUUCGACCUCCUUGUCCCACCAUCGUCAUCCUCUGCCUCUCCCUGCAACAACAAAAACAUGGCCGGAGAUUUAGAGCCGGGAAGAUGCCGGAGAACAGACGGGAAGAAAUGGAGGUGCUCCAGAGAAGUCGUCUCUAACCACAAAUACUGUGAGAGACACUUACACAGAGGCCGUCCUCGUUCAAGAAAGCAUGUGGAACUUCCUUAUUCUCGUCCUAGCAACAAUGGCGGUUCAGAGAGAAACAAAGAUCUCCGAAAUGUUCCUCAAAAAGUAUCAGUUACUUCCAUAAAAGAUAAAAUACUUGAGCCAAAGGAGGUUUCAUCAUCCCCUCUCUCAAACUACAGAGAAUCCACAGUAAGCCAGAUCUUUCCAGUAUCGGCAACAAUUGAGCAAGACAAAAAGUACCUGAACUUUAUCGAUAUCUGGUCAGAUGGAGUAAGAUCAUCUGAAAAACAGAGUACAACUUCAACCCCUGCUUCUUCUUCCAAUGGCAAUCUCUCUCUUUACUCGCUUGAUCUUUCCAUGGGAGGAAACAACUUAAUGGGCCACGACGAAAUGAGCCUGAUCCAAAUGGGCUUAGGGGUAAUCGGGUCGGGUCGAGGUGAUCCUCACGGGUAUGGUCCAUACGGCGUUGUGUCUUCACUGGACGAGAUGUCGAGCUGGCUUGCUCCGACGUCCGCCACGCCCGGAGGUCCAUUAGCUGAGAUACUGAGGCCGAAUCCAAAUUCGGCGUUUUCCGGCGACAUGGAAUCGUAUAGCGUGACGGCGACUCCGACUCCGAGCUCUUCUCCGUCUAGAGUGGCGAAGAAGGUGACAGUAUCUGAUGAAAGCAGCCAAAUUUAG